AGCACCAUCUCGCGGAGAAAAGUUGCUAAACGGAUUUUCCCGUCUUCCUUUUCCUGUGAUUAUUUAACAUCAGCUGUCACCUGAAAAUAUUGGAUUUUCGCGACCUUGUGUAGAUAAAUCAGGAUGGCAGUGCGAUUGUUCUCCAAGUUGAGGGUUCUGCCCGAGAUCAAGGCGACGUACGCCAGCUCCUCGGCGGCUGCGGCUGCCCCCGCUCAGCUGUCGGACUUCGAUGUCCAGCACAAAACUCCAGUUAUCAGGAAACAGAAGCUGAUCCCGAAGGCUCAGUAUGGUGGAAGGCAUGCAGUAACCAUGCUCCCAGGCGGUGGUAUCGGUCCAGAGUGUAUGGGUUACGUUAGAGACAUAUUCAAAUACAUUGGAGCUCCUGUAGACUUUGAAGUGAUAGACAUUGACCCCACAGUGGAUAAUGACGAUGAUGUGACGUAUGCCAUCACAACAAUCAAGAGGAACGGAGUUGGGCUUAAAGGUAACAUUGAGACAAAGAGUGAAGCAGCGUACGUCACAUCGCGUAAUGUGGCACUCCGCAACGAACUGGACAUGUAUGCUUAUGUGCUGAACUGCAAGUCGUUCCCUGGUGUCGAGACGAGGCAUAAAGAUAUUGAUGUUGUCAUCAUCAGACAGAACACAGAAGGAGAAUACGCCAUGUUGGAACACGAGUCUGUACACGGAGUCAUCGAGUCAAUGAAAGUGGUAACCGCUAGUAACUCUGAGCGAGUCGCAAGAUUCGCUUUCGAGUUUGCGAGGAGAAACGGCCGGAAGAAGGUAACAACAGUCCACAAGGCCAACAUAAUGAAGUUAUCCGAUGGCUUAUUCUUGGAGACUUCAAGACGCAUGGCCAAAGAGUACCCGGAUAUCGAGCACAACGACAUGAUCAUAGACAACUGCUGCAUGCAGCUGGUCGCCAAACCCCAUCAGUUCGAUGUGAUGUUGAUGACCAACUUGUACGGUUCAAUCGUGUCCAACGUAGUCUGUGGAUUGCUCGGUGGGGCCGGUCUCUUAUCGGGCAGAAACUACGGUGAUCACUACGCUGUGUUCGAACCGGGCACUAGGAAUACUGGCACCGCCAUCGCCGGUAAGAACGUCGCUAACCCAGUGGCGAUGAUCAACGCAUCCAUGGACAUGCUGGAGCAUCUGGGCCAUCACUUCCACGCGGAUCUCAUAAAACGAGCCUUGCACAAAACCAUCAAUGUUGACAGAAUCAUGACCCCAGAUGUGGGUGGCACCGCCUCCUCUACGGACGUCGUGAAUGCCAUAAAAGCUAACAUUGGUAUGGAUCAUUAAGUUUUUACCAAAAAAAA